GGGGAAGGGUAGGGGGCGGGUCUACGCCGAGGUCUCAAGGCGACUGCGCGUACGGGAUUCCUGCUGGAACAUGGCGACUUGCGCCGAGAUCUUGCGGAGCGAGUUCCCGGAAAUUGACGGACAGGUCUUCGACUACGUGACGGGCGUCCUGCACAGCGGCAGCGCGGAUUUCGAGUCUGUGGAUGACCUGGUGGAAGCUGUCGGGGAACUGUUGCAGGAGGUGUCCGGGGACAGCAAGGAUGACGCGGGCAUCAGGGCCGUGUGCCAGCGCAUGUACAACACUCUGCGCCUCGCCGAGCCACAGAGUCAAGGAAACAGCCAGGUGCGACUGGAUACCCCCAUCCAGUUGUCAAAGAUAACGGAGAACUACGACUGUGACCCCAAACUUCCAGGACUGCUGAAGAGGGAGCAGUCCUCGACGGUAAACGCAAAGAAGCUGGAGAAGGCGGAAGCACGGCUGAAGGCGAAGCAGGAGAAGCGCUCAGAGAAGGACGCCCUCAAGACCUGCGGCCCUCUAGUCCUGGAAGAGGCGUCGGCCAGCCAGGCGGGCAGCAGGAAGGAGAGCCGGCUGGAGUCCUCCGGCAAGAACAAGUCCUACGACGUGCGGAUCGAGAACUUCGAUGUGUCUUUUGGUGAUAGGGUACUGCUGGCUGGAGCCGACGUGAACCUGGCGUGGGGCCGCCGCUAUGGGCUGGUGGGGCGGAAUGGUCUAGGGAAGACAACCCUGCUGAAGAUGCUGGCCACCCGGAGCCUGCGGGUUCCAGCCCACAUUUCCCUGCUGCACGUAGAGCAGGAGGUUGCGGGAGACGACACCCCUGCCCUGCAGAGCGUGCUGGAGAGUGACAGCGUGCGGGAGGACCUGCUGCGGCGCGAGCAGGAGCUCAGCAGCCAGAUUGCAGCUGGCAGGGCGGAAGGCUCUGAAGCUGCACAGCUGGCAGAAAUCUAUGCUAAACUGGAAGAGAUUGAGGCAGACAAGGCACCUGCCAGGGCAUCGGUCAUUCUUGCUGGGCUUGGCUUCACUCCUAAAAUGCAGCAGCAGCCCACCCGGGAGUUCUCGGGUGGCUGGAGGAUGAGACUGGCCCUAGCCCGGGCCCUGUUUGCUAGGCCGGAUCUUCUGCUGUUAGAUGAACCCACAAACAUGCUGGAUGUGAGGGCCAUCCUGUGGCUGGAGAACUACUUGCAGACGUGGCCCUCCACAAUCCUAGUCGUCUCCCAUGACCGCAACUUCCUGAACGCCAUCGCCACAGACAUCAUCCACCUGCACAGCCAGAGGUUAGACGGUUACCGCGGCGACUUCGAGACCUUCAUCAAGAGCAAGCAGGAGCGGCUGCUCAACCAGCAGCGGGAGUACGAGGCCCAGCAGCAGUACCGCCAGCACAUCCAGGUUUUCAUUGAUCGCUUUCGCUACAACGCCAACAGGGCCUCUCAAGUGCAGAGUAAACUCAAGAUGCUGGAGAAGCUACCGGAGCUGAAACCCGUGGACAAGGAGUCAGAGGUCGUGAUGAAGUUUCCUGACGGGUUUGAAAAGUUCUCCCCGCCGAUCCUGCAGCUAGAUGAGGUGGAUUUCUACUACGACCCUAAGCACAUCGUCUUCAGCCGUCUCUCCGUCUCCGCUGAUCUCGAGUCCCGCAUCUGUGUGGUUGGGGAGAAUGGAGCUGGGAAGUCCACCAUGCUGAAGCUGCUCAUGGGGGACCUGGCACCCAUCCGAGGCAUCAGACACGCUCACAGGAAUCUGAAGAUUGGUUAUUUCAGCCAGCACCACGUGGAGCAGCUGGACCUGAACGUCAGUGCUGUGGAACUGCUGGCGCGCAAAUUUCCAGGGCGGCCUGAGGAGGAGUAUCGCCACCAGCUGGGCCGGUACGGCAUCUCUGGAGAACUGGCCAUGCGCCCUGUUGCCAGCUUGUCUGGGGGCCAGAAGAGCCGGGUGGCCUUUGCGCAGAUGACCAUGCCCUGCCCCAACUUCUACAUUCUGGACGAGCCCACAAACCACCUGGACAUGGAGACGAUCGAGGCUCUGGGCCGCGCGCUCAACAGCUUCAGGGGUGGCGUGAUUCUGGUGUCCCACAACGAGCGCUUCAUCCGGCUGGUGUGCCGGGAAUUGUGGGUGUGCGAAGGAGGCGGCGUCACCCGGGUUGAAGGGGGGUUUGACCAGUACCGAGCCCUCCUCCAGGAACAGUUCCGCCGGGAGGGUUUCCUCUAAAGCCGCCAGGCUGAGGACCGUGCCCAGGACAUGGACUGGUACGCCAGACCCCUGGGUCACCACCAAGGCCACCAACUCCAGGCCACGGACUUCCCCCAGUGGGACAGCCUUACCCCCAAAUCGCUCUCCUGUUGACUGGAGUGCCCGCUGUACGGCGUGGAGGACUGGUCUCCCUGGGGAAGGGUCGGGGCUGCCCUCUGGGGUUAGAGUUCCCCUGGUCCCUGCUCUGACCGGGCCCAGGUGGCUGCUAUGUAAAUUAAACCCCCCUGGCAUCUCC